AUGGCAAACAUGUUUGGAGCAUUGAACAGAUUUAUCUCGCGUCUGGACUCGGAUCCACAAGCCCAGAAGCAAGGUGGAGGAUCCGAUACCUACGGCUUCCAGGUGCUUCGCAACAACAAUCCAGAGCUACCCCUGGAGCCAUGGUUCGACUCUAUCAUUGGUAUCAACGGGCGCACUAUUGAUAACCCCGAUCCCAGCCUCUUUGUCCAGGAAUUGCGCAACUGCGCCGGCACCAACAUCAGUCUCGGAGUGUACAGCGCCAAAGGACAGCAGAUCCGCGAAGUCUUCAUCUCCAUCCCUCCGGACGGAUCAUCGUUAGGACUCGCUCUACAAUGGUCGCCACUCACAACUACCGAAGCCGUCUGGCAUAUUCUUGACGUAAUUCCUAACUCGCCUGCCGACGUCGCUGGCUUGCUGCCCUACAGCGACUAUGUCAUCGGAAGCCCAGAAGGCUUGAUGAGAGGCGACAGUGGACUCAGCGAGUUGAUUGAAGAUUUCCUCAAUCGACCCCUCCGCCUGUAUGUCUACAACAACGAAUACGACGUGACACGCAUGAUUACCAUCACACCAUCACGUGGCUGGGGCGGUGAUGGUGCUUUGGGCUGUGUACUAGGCUUCGGAGCUCUCCACCGUGUUCCCGCCCCUUUGAACGAGCCUCCACAGGCACCAGGAGAGACACUUUUCGAAACAGCUCGCUUUAGCAACGAAGAGCCUCGAUCUACCUCGACUCCCGCUGGCGACUUCCUCGUACCCGCCAAUCUGAACCUUAGCGCUACCACCCCACCUGCGAGCAUCACUAUGGGUGGAGAGAAGAGAGGCUCGAAGAAAUCAAGAGUGCAUCACGCUAUAUCCCCUACUGCAGGGCUCGAUGAUUAUUUCGCCGAGGGAGAGCAAAAGAGUCGUGAGUUGGAUAACGCUCCUACCCCAAAACCGACUUCCGGCUUGCCUCCACCGCCAAAGGCAGGAGGGCCGCCAAGAAGUACCAAAUCGCCUGUCAUCGAUGCUGCUUCCGAAGAGCUCGAAGCAGAAGUGGGAGACGCCUGA